UUGUGUAAACUUCACACACUCUAGAGCAGAGAAGCGCGACAGCAGAGGAGAGAGAGGAGGAACGGCACUUGACAGAAAGAGGCUAGCUUUGUAGAAUCACUAAUGCUCUUCUUGGCUUCUGCUUUGUUGCAAUUAUGAUGCGAGGAGCUGCUCCUAGGUCUUUCCCCGGAGCGUUAAAACGAUGGAGGUUGCCUCCAGCAUUCUUGUUAUUUUACUACAGUUUAUUAUUCUCAGCUGUUAUUGCAGUAACAGAUUCAUCAUCAGACUAUAAUUACGCAGUUCAGAUUAAUCCAGUCAUAUUCCUCACUCAUCCACUAUCAGAUGUACAAUACGAAACCCAAGCACUAUCACUUAGCUGUCAAGCCAACAUUUCACAAGUCGUUAAUAAGGAUGUAGCCCUCCCUAGUGUACACUGGCGAAUCAAUGGCUCUAUCAUUAGAAGCAACGAUAGACUCAGAAUUAACACUAACACGACAAGUGGAUUCAGUCAUUUAUACUUUCCUUCAUUGAGUAUCAGUGAUGCUGGUUUGUAUGAGUGUGUAGCUGAUGAUUCCGAUGGUCGCUACAUUACUCUCAGUGAUCCUGCUAUUGUUACUGUCAUCCCACUCAAUGUCUCUUAA